GGCUGCGGCUGCCUGAGACCCUGGCCUGGGGGCACAGACUCCCGGAGGCUGCGGCUGGCUCCUCCCUGCCGAGGGGUGUUAUUCAUGCCACCCCGGGGAGCUGCUGCUGUCCGGUGGGCCCGCCCUAGACAGCGGGGCAGCCCGUCAUUGCUCCCCUGCGGGGGAGUGGGGCUUGAAGCCAGUCUAGUUGGUAGGGUCCGGUGGGGAGAGCCCGGGCAAGCCCCUGACCUGUGUGGGGAGACCCACUGCCGGCCACUUCACGGGUGCACAGGCACCACAGGGAUGACCCUGGUAUAAACUGCUAGAGGGACAGAACCAGUAACAUACGCCAAGCACCCAUGCCCGGCUCCUGGGUGACUCCAGCUGCCAAACCCAUGGAGACGGGAGAGCAGCAGUGAGGGCAGCAUCCCAACCUGGCCCCCAACGAUGGGGACAGCUUCCUCUCUGGUGAGCCCAGCGGGCACCGGAGGGGAGGUAAUCGAGGAUGCCUAUGGGGGAGGUGGCGGUGAAGCCUGUGAGAUCCCAGUGGAGGUGAAGCCCAAAGCUCGCCUGCUGCGCAGCUCUUUCCGCCGGGUGGGUGCUUCGCGGCCUGGAGGCCUCAUCGGGGCCAGCUUCAAAUCCACUGCCUCGGUGCAGGAGUUGGAGUGCAUGGCUGAGUAUGAGCGUCUGAAGAAAGAAUAUGAGAUCUUCCGUGUCAGCAAGAACAACGAGGUGGCCUCUAUGGUCAAGAAAGAAGCCAAGCUGGACCUGGAGAACAAGAGACUCCGGGCAGAGCUCCAGGCUCUUCAGAAAACUUACCAGAAAAUACUUAGAGAGAAAGAAAGUGCUUUAGAAGCCAAAUAUCAAGCCAUGGAGAGAGCUGCUACAUUUGAACAUGACCGAGACAAAGUCAAGAGACAAUUCAAGAUUUUCAGGGAAACUAAGGAAAAUGAGAUUCAGGAUUUACUGAGGGCCAAACGAGAGCUGGAGACAAAACUUCAGAGACUGCAAGCCCAAGGGAUCCAAGUGUUUGAUCCUGAAGAGUCUGAUUCAGAUGACAAUUGCACAGAAGUUACUGCUACUGGAGCCCAAUCUGAAUAUUGGACUGGUGGAGUGUUGGGAAGUGAGCCAUCAAUGGGUAGUAUGAUGCAACUUCAGCAGUCUUUCAGAGGGCCUGAGUUUGCUCAUAGUUCCAUAGAUGUGGAAGGACCAUUUGCGAACAUAAACAGAGAUGACUGGGAUGCUGCGAUUGCCAGUUUAUUGCAGGUCACACCACUGUUUUCCCACUCUCUGUGGAGUAACACAGUAAGGUGCUAUCUCAUUAAUACAGAUGAGACUCAACCUGAAGUGGACAUCUUCAUUAGGAACUACUCACCAAAACUUCAAAGAAUAUGUGAAACAAUGGGGUACUUCUUUCAAGUUGUUCAUUUUCCAGUAGAAAAUGGAAAUCAUUUCCAGGCUGUGAGAAAAUGGGAAAUUGAGAAAAGUUCCUUAAUCAUUUUGUUCAUACAUUUAACUUUGCCAAGCUGUUUGCUGGAGGACUGUGAAGAAGCCUUACUGAAAAAUCCUGAAGGAAAGCCCCGGCUAAUUUACCGCAGAAUAGAAGAUGGCAAAGUCAGUUCAGAUCCUGUGCAGCAGUUAACUGAGCAAGUUUGUUAUGUGAACAAAGCAAAGCUCAUUGAUCACAUGGGAGGAGUGGAAGAAGGAGCGUAUGAAACUUAUAAUUGUGUGGAAAAGAUCAUUAAACAGGAUAUAUUUGGCUGUGAAAGCACAGAAGUAGAAGGCAAGGAUUUGGGUAAUAAAGAGGAAUCCACUGCACCUGAGGAGGAAGUGUUUGGAGAUGUACUGUGGGAUGCACAUGAUGAACAAGAACAGAUGGAAGCUUUCCAGCAGGCUUCUAACUCAACAUGUGAACUAGGAUUUGAGAAAUAUUAUGAACGUCUAAAUGAUCUAGUGGCAGCACCAGCACCCAUCCCACCUCUUCUUGUGUCUGGAGGACCAGGCUCUGGCAAAUCUCUUCUCCUGUCAAAAUGGAUUCAACUGCAACAGAAGCAUUCACCAAACACACUAAUUCUCUAUCACUUUGUUGGGAGACCCAUGUCUGCCAGUUCAGAAUCUGCACUAAUAAUUAAACGGCUUACUUUAAAGCUCAUGCAGCAUUCUUGGUUAGUGUCACCUUUAACAUUGGAUCCAGCUAAGCUCUUGGAAGAAUUUCCUCGUUGGCUGGAAAAACUUUCUGCUCGUCACCAAGGCAGCAUUAUCAUAAUUAUUGACUCUAUAGACCAAAUACAGCAAGCUGAAAAACAUAUGAAAUGGCUGAUAGAUCCCCUGCCAGUGAAUGUAAGAGUGAUUGUAUCUGUGAACGUGGAAACAUGUCCUCAGGCAUGGAGGUUGUGGCCAACUCUUCAUCUUGAGCCAUUGAAUUCUAAAGAUGUGAAACGUCUCAUUAGUGCAGAAUGUAGCUGUGCAGAUGUUAAAUUGACCAAAGAACAGGAGAAGAAACUUGAGAAACACUGUCGUUCUGCCACAACUUGCAAUGCUUUGUAUGUCACUCUUUUGGGCAAAAUGAUUGCUUGUGCUGGAAGUGCAGGAAAUAUUGAUGAAAUCCUUCAACAGUGUUUCCAGUGUCAAGAUACAGUAUCACUGUAUGGACUUAUUCUGAGAUCAAUUCAGGAGUCCAUGCUGAACGAUAAAGACAAACACCUUAUGAGAGAGGUUCUCUGUCUCAUCAGUGUUAGCCACAAUGGAGUGAGUGAAUCAGAGCUGAUGGAACUUUAUCCCGAACUAUCCUGUGCCACGUUAGCCUCUCUAGUUCACAGUCUGCACAAGAUGUGUAUGCUGACAUAUGGCUGUGGUUUGCUAAAGUUUCAGCAUCUCCAGGCUUGGGAAACGGUGAGACUAGAAUACAUGGAAGAAGGUCAAAAUAUUAUUUCUACUUACAGAGGAAAACUAAUAGACUACUUCACCGUGCAGCUAAGUCAAGGCAGAGUGACUUGGAGAAGUGCAGAUGAACUUCCUUGGCUUUUCCAACAACAAGGCAACAAGCAGAAGCUACACAAGUGUCUCCUGAACCUCUUUGUAUCUCAGAAUCUUUACAAAAGGGGGCAUUUUGCAGAAUUACUGAGUUACUGGCAGCUUGUCGGAAAAGAUAAGAGUUCAAUGGCAGCAGAGUAUUUUGACUCUCUAAAGCAAUAUGAGAAAAGCUGUGAGGGAGAGGAAAGUAUGAUCCGUCUGGCUGAUCUUUAUGAAACUCUGGGACGAUUCUUAAAAGAUCUAGGCCUUCUCAGCCAGGCAGUUGCUCCUCUGCAGCGUUCUCUGGAAAUUCGGGAGACUGCACUGGAUCCUGAUCACCCCAGGGUAGCACAGUCCCUCCAUCAGUUAGCAGGAGUAUAUGUGCAGUGGAAGAAGUUUGGAAAUGCUGAGCAGUUAUAUAAGCAGGCUCUGGAAAUCUCUGAAAAUGCUUAUGGGGCUGAACAUCCCAGGGUUGCUCGUGAACUGGAUGCACUUGCAACAUUAUACCAGAAACAGAACAAAUAUGAACAAGCUGAACAGCUGAGGAAAAAAUCCUUUAAAAUGCGACAAAAAGCAGCAAGGCGGAAAGGCAAUUUGUUUGGAUUUGCUCUUUUACGUCAACGAGCCUUGCAGCUGGAAGAGCUCACGUUAGGCAAAGACACACCAGAUAAUGCUCGAACCCUCAAUGAGCUUGGAGUUCUCUAUUAUCUGCAGAAUAAUCUUGAGACAGCUGAACUUUUUCUGAAGCGCUCCCUAGAAAUGAGGGAGAGGGUCCUGGGACCAGACCACUCAGACUGUGCACAGUCUUUGAACAAUCUGGCAGCUUUGUACAAUGAAAAGAAACACUACGAUAAGGCUGAGGAACUGUAUGAAAGAGCUUUAGAAAUUAGGAGGCGAGCACUAGCCCCUGAUCAUCCCUCACUGGCUUACACUGUGAAACACCUUGCAGUACUCUACAAAAAGCUGGGAAAGCUUGACAGGGCAGUGCCUCUGUAUGAGUUGGCCGUUGAAAUUCGACAAAAAUCAUUUGGUCCAAAGCACCCUAGCGUAGCUACUGCCUUGGUAAACCUGGCUGUUCUUUAUUGUCAGAUGAAAAAGCACAUUGAAGCCUUACCUCUGUAUGAAUGUGCAUUAAAGAUUUAUGAAGACAGUUUUGGUCAUAUGCAUCCUCGUGUGGGAGAAACACUAAAAAACUUAGCUGUGUUGAGCUAUGAAGGAGGAGAUUUCGAGAAGGCUGCCGAGCUGUACAAGAGAGCCAUGGAAAUCAAAGAAUCAGAGACUUUGUUGAUCGGAGGAAAAGCAGCUUCCCGGCCCUCGUCAAGUGGAGACACUUUCAGUUUAAGAAGUACAUUAUCUCCAAAUGUUUUUCUAGACCAUGGACAAAGGUGAUGCAAACUGGCACAAAAACAAAUGCUAGUGAGGAAUGCUUGAUGGUUAAGUACUUAAAAUAAAUCUGAGCACGCUUCAGAGAUUAAAAAAAAUGAUUUUUAGGAGACAAAGUGUUUGUGAUUAAUGAAAAUAUGAACAAAGUUUUACAUUUUAGUUUAAAAUAUUUCCGUUCAUGCCAGUUUUUUUGUGGACCAUGUGGUACAGAGUUACUUCUGUGUUACACACAGGCAUUUAAUGAAAGACUGCUCAGUGUGUUCUGUUAGUUACUUGUUCAGACGGUAGCUGUAAUGCCAGAAAACAUCAGUUUUGUUUUUUCUCUAUACCUCUUUUUAGUAGAGGAUCUGUGAGCUGCAGGGUAUAAUCAAUAAAACAGCUACUAGUUGUUAUUCCACGUCAGUUCCUUCAGUGUCCACACUGUUAUGGUGUUUGUAUCUUUCCGUCUUUUCAGGAACAGUUUGUUGUUCAGGGACACAGUACUUUUGAGACCCAUAUAUUGUGUUUCCACCAAAAGAAGGAAAAGGGUUUUUAGUAAGACAUGCUUUUGAGUUUUUAGAUCAUGGUUGUUGAGAGGGGGCUUGUCUAUGUGGUCAGUUUGUGCAUGGCAAGCCUGGGUGUAAAUCUACAGCCCACCAGCCUUUACACUAACUGGCCAUUGGGACCCUGAUACCACACACAAAUUUCUAUUGUGUGCUUUGAUUUAAACUCUGUUUGAAAUAGAUUGAAGUGCUACCAUGCACUAAAAGUUCUAUAGUGCAAGUCCACACGGCCUCUGAGUGUUCAGCAUGCUAAUGCAUUGUAGUUUUACACCCCAGCUUGUCAUGAACUGAUGACGUAGAAAAGCUGACUGAUAUUUUUGUCCUCUUUAGCUAAAGCUUUUUAAUUGGUGUCAGUUAUAUCCACUUAUUUUUAGUAGGAAUAUGCUUUUUCAAUGAGUAACCUGAGAGAAAAAUAUUAUGAAUUAAUUGGGGACUGGCGCACACCUCUCAAUUUUAAUAGAGAGAAACUGCUCAUUAAACUCCAGUAUACAAGCAUACUUGUAUUAACCAGAAGAAAGAACAGAAUAGCAUCAGUGAAUAGCAGUAAACUGAUUUGUAUUAAACUUACAAUGGAGUAUUUCUCCCAGUUAGUUACAAUGAUCAAUUAAGUCUGUUUGUUUACAAACAAUAGAAUAAAUUUAAUAAAUCCACUAAUUUAAAAAUAACGCUCCUUUUCAUACUUUAGAGUUCAGUGUCAGAUCUAUGAGGAAACUUCAUUCAUGAACUAAUCCAUUUAUUCAGCUAGUGUUAAAGUGCCGAGGCUGUUUAUCUCAAAGGGAUACUAUUUAUCUUCUCCUUUCCCCCCCUUUUACGGUGAGCAAUUAAGUCAAUUCCGCACCCUCCCCUUCCUUCAGCAUUUUUUCUGAAUAGAAAAAGAAAUAUUUAAAUAAGAAUGUAACUUGGGAACGAUUAGUUUUAUAGUGCUGCAAUUAAAAAUGUACAAAAUCAAAACUGACAUUGAGCACUAAAACUUAGUUGAAGAAGAAAUUUCUAACAGACUACACAAACAAUAUGAGGUUCUUGCAGCAUAGGAAAAGCUGUUUUUAUCUGGACAAAAAUUGUAAUCUUCUAAAUUACAAACAGACGGAUGUUUGACUUCUUUGUAAUGGUGUCCGAAACAAGUGUAAUAGCUCUCUUGAUUCUCCUUCUGUAGAAAACAUAUCCUACCAAGUCCUAUUCGUACAUGAAAUUGAAGCGUUUGUAUAUUUGAUAUAAGCCAAAUUCUAUGUAACUUAAUGAACACAGUAGAACUCCACAUCAAAACUGAUAGUGUCUUCCAGUGUAUCAGCAGAGAUUUAAUGGUACAGACCCAUAUCAUGGUCUCAUUAUUAAGAUUCACUGUUAAAAAUUUAAGUUGAUAGUAUAUUGUAGCUUACCACAUAAAUGAACAAAGUUAGUAAAAAUGUACAGCAUUGAAGUGUAUUUGUUCACUGAGUUACAAAAAAAAAAUCAGACGUUUUCACUAGAUUUCUCAGUCAGAGAAAUACCAUAGUUCUUUUUAGACUUAUAAAUUCCAAUAUGCUUUAAUUGCAAAGGUGAAAAACAUCAGCCACAGGGCUCUUUUUUUAAAAAAAUAGUUUUAAGCACUGGUACACAAUCAUCUGCAAAGUUAGGUCUUAACUCCACCACCUCACUUUAUAAUUUGGAAUGGGCAAGUGUAAAAGUUGCUUUGCUAACUAUAGUCAGUCAAGAACUAUUUUGCAUACACUAACAUCAUCUCUCUAAUAAUUGUAUAUAUGUAUUAAUUACUAUUUUUGUAAAACUGUACAUAGGAUAAAAUUGUAAAUAGUUGCCUUUUUAUAAAGCUGUCAGCCAAGUAAAGUAGUAGCUAAAUCAGGGGUUCUCAAACUCUUGUACUGGUGACCCCUUUCACACAGCAAGCCUCUGAGUGUGGACCCCCCCCUUACAAAUUAAAACCACUUAAAUAUAUUUAACACCAUUAUAAAUGCUGGAGGCAAAGCAGGGUUUGGGGUGGAGGCUGACAGCUUGCAACCCCCCCAUGUAAUAACUUUGUGACUCCCUGAGGGGUCCCAACCCCCAGUUUGAGAACCCCUGAGCUAAAUAACUAGCUUUUAAAAGUAAACAAAGAAUGGUUUUUAGGUGUUUUUGAGAAGACUGAAGUUUCCUGUGCAGUUAAUUUUUUUCAAUGAUAAGUCAUUGCCAUGUGUUUACAUAGUAAAAAUUCUCAUCAGCUGCAGUGAUGACAUGCUAGGAGCUGUUUUGGUCAACUCAGUCAUUGACCCAGUAACAAAGAAUUCAUACCAAAACACUUGUGCCUUACAACUGCAUACUCACACCACUAUCAAACACAAAGCAAUACAUACAUAAAUACUUGUUUAUGAAAAAAUAGGGAUGUGACACAAACUGACAAAUCACUCAACCCUUUAAAUUUUUUCUAGUGAAAUUUAUGGCCUAUGAAAAGAUUGAAGCCUUCCAUUUACCCACAACACAGGUACAGCCACACUACAAACGUAGACAACAUAGCCCAUUGAACAAUAGCCAGCUGGAUGCUUACAGCUACCACAAAUCUGGUUUACAUUUGAAGCGGUAAUGUACAUGUUAAAGACUCCAUUAUCAAUCCCCUGAACCACUCUAUUCAGAUAAGGUUACUCCAUCUUUAAUUUCCCCCAUAUUGCCAACAUGUGGAAUAUCAUUCCAUAUCAUGUGCGAUGCUUACCUUUUUUGUGUCAGUUUGUCUAUUAUCUUUAAUUUUCCCCUAGAGAUUUGGACCCUAGCAUGAUGAGAAAUGAAAACUUACAGUAGUAAAACUUUGUAUUUUAAAGCAGUAUAUAGACAGACAGCAGAAUACAGUUAUGAGAUGCCAUUUCCAAGUUUUUAUAGUUCUGUUUUACCAAAAGUUCAAGUUUUAAGAAAGGAAUUUCUUACAGGACCUUAUUUCUUGUGAUAUUUCUUGAUUAAGCUCUAGUGCAAGAUCCCAAAUGUUAAAUUCAAUAUUACGUUUGCCUACAUGUUCUUCAUCUUGGCCAUGAGUUCUUCUAGGCUUUCCUCAGACUCUGCCACUGUUGUUUCUUCAGCUACAACAUUCUCUUCCUAUUAGCAAAAGGGGGGGGGGAGGGGAAAUAUUUAGUUUCUUUGCUCUGAAUAAAACAGGAUAUAACAGACCCAAGGAGUUCAGAAUACAGAGUUCUUGCAAGAUCAGGCCCAAACAUUACAACAUAAGCUAUUCCAUAGCCAUUUACAGUUUUAUGUGUGUGACCCAAAAUCCACUGGUUAACACCAUUCUGAUUAGGAUUUAAGAAAAUGAGUUUUUGAUGCAUAAAUAUGGAAGUCAGAUUUCCCAGAGACUGAGCUUCAGUUUUAUGGUAAUUUGACUGCAUCUUUCUUUUAAAGGAUAAAAGUAAUUUGUAGUUGGGGAUUGGACUAGAUGACCUCCUGAGGUCUCUUCCAACCCUGACAUUCUAUGAUUCUAUAAAUUUGUAAAAAUGGUUUUGCCUGUCUAAACAAUUGGGGAAUUCCUCAGUGUGCUUAAACCUCAAUACAAAUAGAGAAACUGAAAUUCAUUAAUUCCUGUUGCCCUCAGCAGCUUCAAGCUAAUAAAUUGUUUAAAAUAAUUUUAUUGUACAGACUCAAGCAAUAAUAAUUUGAUUGUAAGAUAUACUCAGAUUGAAUGUACAGGCGUGCAAUUAUUUUACUAGAAUUGCUACAGAUGGGGUUUUACUAUGGACAAAUGGUAAUAAGUUGAUAACUAUCAUGUAUUUUCAUCAGUUUAUGUAAUAACUGAAUGCUUUUUAGUACAUUCCAAAGGAUACAGCAGACAACUGCUUUACAGCGUUUUCCUCUAUGACUAGUUUCACAUAAUAUAGAACCUUCUAAUACUGUCAUUAAAUAAAUCUAUAAAAAGGGUGAUUUAACAUUACCUUGUUUGGUAUGGUAUAUGCUACUGUAAUUCCCUUUGGAAGAUCAGGAAGUGGACCAGAAGCAGCCUUCAGUUCCUCUUCUGAAACCUCCGAUACCAGCUCAAUACCUAAGUGUCAAAAUGUCAACUAAUUAUUUAAAUAAAAAACUGUAAUCAGAGGAUCAAAGUUAUUGCCAUUAGAUGAAAACUGCAGCAACCAGAGUUUAUUAAAAUAAAAAAGUACUUUAACAGUACAUCCAGUAAGAGACCUUUUAAGUCAGAUUCCUACAACAUAUUUUAAAUAGCUCCAGGGAUGGGCCUUUCAACUCCCCUAUGGGUACUCUUUUAUAGUCUAACUCCUUCAUCGUAGGGACUUUUUUUUCCCUGAUAGUAAACUUAUAUUUUCAUUUUAUUAAAAAUACAAUAUUCAGAGAGUAACUAUUUCUAGAGUAUAUGAAUUUAAUUUUUUUUUUGACAAGUGUGCUGACAGUUUCAGCCCAGCAUUUUCUCAGUUUUUAAUGCCCUUACAGGGAAUUUAUAUAAAUAAAACCCCUUAUGUUACAGAAACCUGAUUAUAAUUAAUAUUCGUUGACAAGCUAUUUAAAGGGACAUGCAGAUAAACUUAGACCCAAACUUGAGUUUUGUAUAAAAGUUCUUGUAAAAUCUAAUGAAUAUUUUCACAAGAUUAAAGAAGUUUAAAAUAUUUUCAUUUUAUUUAAACAUACUUCUGUAGUGUUGAGAUUAAAUGUUCAAUGUAUGAGAACCAAAACGUGAAACUGGUUUAGUUUAAUUAUCAGAUUUAUUAGAAGUGAAUAAAUUUAACUAAUAAAGAUUUGUGAGUAAUUUAACUAAUAAAGAUUAGUUAAAUUC